UAUGCGACUCAUCCAAUGACGACUGUCUUCAAAGCAGGAGCACCAGAGUGUACAAGGAUGGAGAUGUGGUGAUCGGUGGUUUCUUCUCCCUGUACACCUGUUUAUACUUCACGGGUAUGUCGCAUAUAAAGCCGAGCAAGGACUUCCUUAUCGUUGAGAUUAUGGAUCCUUUUCAGCUGCACCCCUUUCUGAAGGGCCUCCAGUUUAACAGUCCUGUUGGAGAACAAGUAAAUUUAGACAAGAAAAGUAACACGGAUGCCAAGUACGAUAUUCUCAACUUUUGGAACUUUCCUGAAGGCCUGAGACUGAGGGUGAAAGUUGGAGAGUUUUCCCCACACGCUCCCCCUGGGCAGCAGUUGUCUCUGUCAGAGGAGAUGGUAGAGUGGGCCACGGGAAGUACUGAGACUCCCCGCUCGGUGUGCAGUGAGAGCUGCAGCCCUGGAUUUAGGAAGAGCCCUCGGGAGGGAAAGGCUGCCUGCUGUUUUGACUGCACCCCUUGCUCAGAGAAUGAGAUCGCCAAUGGCACAGAUGUUUCUGACCAGUGUAUCAAUGUUCCUGAACAUGAAUACCCAAACAGAGACAGAGAUCACUGUCUGCCGAAGACUGUGGACUUCCUCUCCUUCGAGGACCCCUUAGGCAUGGCUCUGACGGGCACAGCUCUGAGUUUCUCUGUCCUCACAGCUGUGGUUUUGGGGCUCUUUGUGAAGCACCGAGACACUCCCAUCGUCAAGGCCAACAACAGGACCCUCAGCUACACCCUGCUCACCUCCCUCCUCCUGUGCUUCCUCUGCGCCUUGCUCUUCAUUGGCCGACCCAACACAACCACCUGCAUCCUGCAGCAAGUAACAUUUGGACUCGUGUUCACUGUGGCUGUUUCUGCUGUUUUGGCCAAAACCAUCACAGUGAUUCUGGCCUUCCUGGUUACAAAACCAGGGGAAACAAUCAGGUGGUUCCUGGUAUCAGGAGCCUGUAAUUGUGUUGUCCCCAUCUUCUCCCUGAUCCAAAUUAUUCUCUGUGGAGUCUGGCUGGGAACUUCUCCUCCAUUUAUUGACUCAGACACACACUCUGAACAUGGCCACAUCAUCAUCGUGUGCAACAAGGGCUCCCUCACUGCCUUCUACUGUGUCCUUGGAUACCUGGGCUCCCUGGCCCUGGUGAGCUUCACCGUGGCUUUCCUGGCCAGGAACCUGCCCGACACGUUCAAUGAAGCCAAGUUCCUGACGUUCAGCAUGCUGGUGUUCUGCAGUGUGUGGGUCACCUUCCUCCCCGUGUACCACAGCACCAAGGGGAAGGUCAUGGUGGCCAUGGAGGUCUUGUCCAUCUUGGCCUCUGGUGCAGGGCUGCUGGGCUGCAUUUUUGCCCCCAAGUGCUACAUUAUUCUAGUAAGACCUGAUAAGAACUCUUUGAGAAGUUUAAAGAACAGAAGGAAUUUUAGUGGAAACAGGCAUUCUGAGAGUUUCUAAUUACAUAAAUAUCUAUCACAUUUUAAGGAUGUAGACCACAAACCUACCUGUAUUUCGUUCUAAUGUUCUAAGGACAAAACUAAGGUUGUGUGAUCAUCUUUUGCCCUCCAGCCUUGCUUCUACUAUAUUCCUCUCUUUAUUUAUCUGCUUUAUCCACUAUACCUCUUAAAUUUCCCUACCACAGGAUAAAACCAUCCUACCAGGAAAAACGUUUUCCAUACAACCUCCCAAUUUAUGUUGGGUUUUGUUAUAUAACUGUAGAUCUUUCUCCUAUGGUUAAAGGUACCAAAUUAAUAGC